UACAGCGCCAAGAUGGCGUCGGGAAAAAAAGACGGCGGAAAAUUGCCGUGGGGAUUGAAAAGUGAUGGCCUAGCACCUGGCUCCAUGAAGAAUAUAUCGGAGAACAAGUUGAAAGCCUUCAACAUUGGAACAAUGAAUGUCGCCAAGAAGCUCUUGUCGAAGAGGGAACAAGAAGAAAUGAAAAAGAAGCAACAGGAAGAAGAAGUCGACGAAGUGUACAAAGAGUUUGUGGCAUCUUUUGAAGAUGCUGGAAAACAUCAUAACAAGACUUGGGUGAAAGGUGGCGUGGUGAACCCAGACAAACCAGCACGUGGUGGGAAGCAGGAUUAUCGGCAGGAUUACAAACCCGGAGAGCGCCACUCAAAAUUCCGGGAUGAUGACACGCCACCACGACAUGCCACUCGUUCGUCGGAGACUCGAAAAUCACGAGCCCCUGACCGGCAAUCCGAAAAAAUCUUUGAAGAUUCGCCUCCUCCGCCGAAACGUGACUCUCCUGUGGGUGGUUACAGAAAGCGGUCCAAGUUUCAUGAUGAAGAUGAUGAGCCUAUAUCUGCGUAUGGCAGUAUCGAAAAACCCAUGGAGAAGCCCGAUUCUAAACUUUACAAACCCACAUCAAAAUUAGCUGAGCUCGCUGCCACAUUCUCGUCAGUGAAACGAGAAAAAGAGAAGGACGAUUUUGAGAGACAAAAACCUCCUGCGCCUAGUAAAAAGAAAGAAAAAGAGAAGAAGAAAAGCAACUUGGAAUUAUUCAAAGAAGAGUUAAAAAUUAUGCAGCAACAGAGAGAGGAACGCCACAAGGUCAAAAAGGGAAUCAUGCCAGAAGAACCCAAGGAACCUCAGCGGGUCAGCCGGUUUGAACCUGUCGAAACAACCCCGCCACCUUUUAGCGGUAUCAGAGGUGGACCAUUGGACACAUUCAAGACAUUUGGUAGCUGGGAGGACGACACAACGACGACAAAUCUUUACUUAGGAAACCUCAACCCAAAGAUGACGGAGCAGCAGCUCUGUGAGCUCUUCGGCCGCAAUGGUCCACUGGCCAGCGUCAAGAUCAUGUGGCCCCGAACAGACGAGGAGCGAGCACGUGGCAGGAAUUGUGGUUUUGUUGCAUUUAUGAACCGGAAGGAUGGUGAAAGGGCUUUGAAUGCUCUUAAGGGCAAAGAAAUCAUGGGCUAUGAAAUGAAACUUGGCUGGGGCAAAGCGGUGCCUAUUCCCCCUCACCCGAUCUACAUUCCCCCCUCCCUAAUGGAGCUCACCCUACCACCGCCACCAUCGGGCCUACCCUUCAACGCACAGCCAAAGAAGUAUCGUGAUUCCAAGUCCGACAAAUCGUAUGGGAGUGUACCGCCCCCUGGUGCUAAGAACGGAACUAAGGACGACCCUGAUAAGAACUUAGCCAAUGCCGUAGUGAAAGUCGUUAUCCCAACUGAAAGGAAUUUAUUGUGUGUGAUCCAUCGAAUGAUCGAGUUUGUCGUACGAGAAGGACCAAUGUUUGAGGCCAUGAUUAUGAAUCGGGAAAUCAGUAAUCCAACAUUCAGGUUCCUGUUUGAGAAUAUGAGUCCAGCUCAUGUCUACUACAGAUGGAAGUUAUUCACUAUACUACAAGGUGAUUCUCCUUACAAAUGGCGGACAGAGAAGUUCCGCAUGUUUAAGAAUGGCUCAUACUGGCAGCCCCCACCACUUAACCCCUACACCUCCGGCAUGCCUGAGGAGUUGCUCAAUAAAGACGACCAACCCAAGAAGGGACAACUGACUGACAGUCAACGAGAACGAUUUGAAGAUCUGCUGCGUGACCUGACACCAGAGAAACCCAAGGUUGGCGAUGCCAUGGUCUGGUGCAUGGACCACGCAGAAUCAGCUGAAGAAAUCGUCGACUGUAUCUCCGAGUCGCUUUCCAUUCUGGAGACGCCGAUCCCCAAGAAGAUAGCACGUCUCUUUCUUAUAUCUGAUAUUCUCUUCAAUAGCAGUGCCAAGGUUUCAAAUGCAUCCUAUUUUAGAAAAUACUUUGAAUCGAAACUUGGGGUAAUCUAUAAAGAUAUCCAUGCAGCUUAUGAAAAGAUAGACGCUCGGUUAAAAGCGGAACAGUUUAAGCAAAAAGUGAUGAAUUGUUUCCGAGCGUGGGAGGAUUGGGCCAUUUAUCCAAAUGAAUACCUCAUCAACUUACAGAAUAUCUUCCUCGGUUUAGUCAAGGAAAGAGAAGAAAAAGAGCCUGACCUUGAUGGUGCUCCGAUAGAAGAAGUGUACGAACGACCUCCUGUGGAAGAGGACUUGGAUGGGUUACCUCUCCCGGGGCUACCGAGGGGUAUAUCACAGUCGGGCAGCGAGGACUUCGAUGGGAAACCACUGGAGGAGUCUGAUCUUGACGGGAUGCCUUUAUCUGAGGAUCUCGAUGGGAUGCCACUGCAGGGAAAAGAUUCGCCGAAAGGCAAAAAGUCUCACAAAGUAAAGAAAGCUGCAUUUAUACCUGCGCCAUCGAAAUGGGAGACUAUUGACGAAUCGGCGCUUGAGUCUCAAGCAAUGACGACGUCAAAGUGGGACCUGCUUGACCAGGAGGGGUCGGACGAUGAUGAGAAGAAGGGGUAUAAGAGUGAGGAGGACUUGGAUGGCAGGCCCUAUGAAGAAGAAGGUGAUGGUAGGUCUGCAGAAGACGAUGAGGACCGAACACCAUUCAGGCGGAGCAGCUCCCCGGACCCAGAGGAGAGGAGACUGGCGAUGACAGAGGAACGACGGGCCAGGCUCAGGGAAAUCGAGGUGAAAGUGAUGAAAUACCAAGAUGAAUUAGAAGCAGGGAAAAAACUGCGGAAAUCUGGCAUGAGCAUGUCCCAACAGGUCGAACGAUAUCGUCAGAAACUACUCAACAAAGAUCGUGAGAAGGAAGAGGAGAAGGAACGAGAACGAGAAGAGAAGGAACAGCAGAAGCGGCGAGAGAAACGCGUGAAGGAAUGGGAGCGGGCGCGCGCCAAGGAACGGGAGAGGGAGCGCGCCGAUUAUUACGAUCGUGGUUUGGAGAAAGUGACAUCUAGUGAAGAGGAGGAGCCACCUGUUUUGACUUACUCGUCUGGGAAGGGUCGUAAAAGGCAGCACCUGACUCCACCGAGCUCUCCCAGCCCACCCCGGCACAGGAAGCAUCGCUCCAAGUCGCCACCGUCAGCUUAUGUAGGAUUCAAUAUAGACUUCUCGGCAUCGGAAAGGAAACGGAAACGCUCACGGUCAAGGUCGCCUGUGCCAGGUAGAAAAUCACUCCCGAUUCGGUCGGUCUCCCCAGUCUUGCGACAGAGGUCACCAAGGUCGCCAAUAUACAGGAGGUCAAGGUCACGAUCGCCGAUUCCACGCCACAAACACAAGCACAAGAAGAAACACUAGAAUUAGCUAGCAUUGUUAAUGUUGAUCGUUUCAUGUAAAUAGACUUGUUCCCUACCAAGAACUGUGCUGCGCUAAAACCUUGGGAUCCUUCUCUGGAUGUUCUCCUACAGUUAUGUGUGGAUGACCAAGAACUUUACUGUCAUUCAUCGCAGUUCUUCUGUUCAAAGUAGACGCUGUCAAUCAUAACUGAUCAUGGGCACAUUACCGUGAGGGAUUAUCUCAAAAGGCGUUAACCCUGUAAGAAACUGUCUAGGUUCUCCCUUGACCACUUGCUGCCUGAACAACAGUGGCAUUUUGGCUUCUGACUUCUGUUUAAGGGUUUAGCAACAUCAAGAGACUAAAUUGCAUGUGAUGAAAUUAUUUCUGUUAACACUUGUCUAUCAAAUGAAAAUGGAGUCUAAAUUAAAACAUGAGGCGGUCUGCCUGUGUUCUGACUUAUAGUUUUAUCAAUUCUUUGAGUAGUUCUCAACAUUUGAAAAUCAGAUAUUAAUCCCUUGUUUUAAGUUAAGGUAUUAAUCCUUUAUUAAGUAAAGGUAUUUAUAUGAAGUAAAGGUAUUUAUUCCUUAUCAAGUAUUUGUCAACUUGAAUGUAGUUUGAGGUGAUCCCUAAUUUGUAAGUCUGAUCAACCUUGGGUGUGAAUUGUUAAUGUGUAUGAAAUGUACUUAUGAUCUUGCCAAAACUUGAUGUGAGACUCUCCAGGAGAAGUUGGCAUUUGGCACAAAAAUAAAAUGGAGUAAAUUGUUUCUUGUGAUGACUCUAUUUGAAAUGAAAUGCAUACUCUUUAAGUGAGAAUGAGAGCCACAAUUGACAGAAAAACCUUUUUCAGGGAUUGUAAAAAAUUGUCAAAACUGUUAGUUGGAGAGACCAAGUCGCUCUGUGUGGUCAGGUUAUGAAUGCUUUAAAAUUGUAUAAUAGGCAGUAUUCAAGUUGGAGAAGUUUCCACAUAUCCUUGCUUUCCUUACACAGUGCUUGUCUUCAAGUGUUUCACGUGUCAUAACUGACAACCUUCAAUAGAUUUAUAUGUAAUGAGCCUUGAUAGUUUACUUUGAUUAAUGAUGAAAUAAUGGGACAUCGUUCCCCAAGGGAGGUCAAGUGUGGGGAACACCCACAUGUGUGCAGAUCAUAUAGGAAUUUGCCAACUUGAUUUUUGUCGAUUGGAAUGACCAAAAUUUGAUCCUCUGAUUUCGGGUUAUCUUCUAACCGAAGUGCGACGGGGGUCAAUUUCCAUUUCUGUAGUUCGGUGGUGUUUAUGUGACGAUGGGGAGGGAGGUCUUGUGCGUAUGCUUGCUUGUGUAUCAGUGAGGGUUAAGAUGUUUUUCCCCCAGGAGAUAAAAUCUGCUGGUGGAAUUAUGUUAAUGGAGGAAAAUAGGCCCACUGAGAUGCCAUCUGAAACAAGACAACACAUUAAGUGGGUACAAGAUGGAUGUCGCGGAGGGACAGGUAUUGAGAGUGGUUCUUUUCCUUUUGUAGGAAAAGAGAUCAGAAAAAUCAUGUUCUUUUUUACAAAAUAAACAUUUGAUUUAUCAUGAA